CAGUGCGGUCUAAAUGUGGCCCUGAUUGCACCCAGAACAAUAUGAUUUGAAACAGGUUCGCAUAUGUAGUUAUAUUUCUCUCCUUUGGGUGUCACUAUUGUUUUGACCUUCCCCAGGUAAUUAUUCUGCGGUGAGCUAAUGAAUCUUCUCACUUUUCAGGUAGUAUCGAGGUCAGAAAUGUAGACGGGCAUUACUAGUGAGGGAGCAACAAACCGUCUCACAGCACAAACCCAAAUUCGGAGCCUUUACAUUUCUGCCUUGGACAUCUCCCCCGCAAAUGUGAUGCAGUCGCUUGCACAAGAAAUAAAAUCCUUCUCCAAAGCUAAUUUGCGGAAACAAUGCACCAGAGUAACGACUUUGAGUGGCAGGCGGAUUAUUGAGACAUGGAAAGGUUCCACUGUACAGGUGGUUGAGGAAACAGUACAGCCUGAAACUGCAUGUGGAUAUGUUCAGGAUAAUAACUGGGAUCUUCAAGUUGGAUAUAUUAAACCAUAUCUAUUACUUGGGUCACAAGAUGCCGCUCAUCACUUUGGUACUUUGAGGAAAUAUAAGGUCACACAUAUAUUAAAUGUUGCAUAUGGUGUGGAAAAUGCCUUUCCUGACCUGUUCAUCUAUAAAACACUGAGCAUACUGGAUCUGCCUGACACUGAUGUCAUAUCACAUAUCGAGGAGUGUGCACAGUUUAUAGACCAGGCUAAAGCUGAGAAAGGAGUUGUUCUUGUCCACUGCAAUUCUGGAGUUUCACGUUCUGUUUCGGUCGUCAUUGGAUAUCUGAUGUUGACAGAAAAUCAGCCUUUUGGAGACACAUUUGCACUGGUGAAGUCCGCUCGACCCGCUUCAUGUCCAAAUCCAGGUUUCAUGGAACAGCUGAAAAACUUCAGACCACAGGAUGCUACACAAGCAAAUGGUUUGGGUCAUGAUUGAACAUUAUUCUACAGCUGCAUCCACGCAAUGUCAAAGAGAUAGUUUAGCCCAAAAUUACAAUUCUGUCAUCAUUUCCCCACCUUAUAUCUUUUAAAGCAGUUUUUUCCCAUUGAACACAAAUGGAGAUAUUUAUAGAGAAUGUCCAAGCUGCUCUUUUCCUUACAGUGAAAGUGAAUGGGGACCAUGGCCGUCAAGUAAGAUUUUUGAGGAAGGUUUGAGGCAGUCUAUUCCUCAACUAAGAAAUCACCAAAAAAAAAAAAAAGUAUUUUGGAAUGAUAUGAGGGUGAGUAAAUAAAGACAGAAUUAAAUUUUUUUUGGUGAACUGGCCUUUUAAAGCCACCAUGCAGUGCUUCCAUCGUAGUUUCAUAUAUGACUUUGAUUCAACACUUCGGAAUUGUCUUAUAGGUGCUAAAAUGACAAAGAAAAAUGGUUGCCUAUCAGCUGGAAUUUGAAUUGAACUGGCUCCACAGGAUGUUGAACUGGAAUUUGAAAUGACAGGAAGAGGAAUUUAAUGAAAUGCAGUACAAAGAAAUUCAUCACAAUCACAGAUAAGAUGAAUUAAUUCCCAUUCCCAGCCGUUUGCAUUUUAUUUGUAAUUCCUUCAGAUGAAUUACAAUUCUCAUCCUGUGUGCUACUUCAAUUUAAUUUUAGGAGUUCACACUCAAAGUCAUUCAUGUUAGUAGCUUCAUUUCAUAAUAAAUUAGCGUAACAAAGUGUAUCUUUUAAGAUGCAUUUUUUCCAUUCUGUUUAAUUCAUCGGGUGUUUAUCAUCUUUCCUGAUAGUGACAUCUUGUGGUCAACACUCACAUUUAGCAUAUUUAUUGAUCUGGGCUGCAUUUUCCAAAAGCAUGGUAAAUUUAAGUUUAUCCUAGCUCUACAGGUGACAAUGGUUCUAUCAUCAAUUUAGGCUUACAAUGCUUUUGGGAAACGCAGCCCUGGUAAAAUCACUUCAUCCAAUUCAGUGUUUUUUUUUUUUUUUCUUAAAGACUGGUUUCUUAUAUUCAGUAACCUUGAUAGCAACACUAACUCAUUUUGUCUUCACUUGACGUCCUUGAUUAGCAUCUGGGAUGUUAAGCUAUAUUUGUGCAAUAUACUAGCUUAAAUAUCAACCAAAAGAGAGGGACUAGUUGAAUAUGUAUUCCUGAUACAUCAAAUCAUAGGUCAGUUUCUUUUGUAAUUUUGUAAUUUUAAUUACAUAUUUUGAUGUUUAUGUCCAUAUUGCAUAGUAAUAUAGAGUUUUUUUUUUUUUUUUUAAAUCUCAAGAUUCUUGUUUAAUCAUGCUUUCCACUGUUGUGGUGUGUUUUUCUGAAGGUAGAAAAUUGUCAUCAAUGCUUGUGAGGAUGUGUGACAUGAAAGUUUAAUUCACUUUUAGAACUUCUGGGAUUCAUUUUGUGGUGUAGACUGAGCCUUGAUUUUAAAUUAUGGAUGUGUGGAAUGGAUUGUA